AUGCAUGUGCUAUUAACUAAUGAUGAUGGUCCAUUGAACGAUAAACUGUGUCCUUAUUUUAAGUAUCUUGUUGAUGAAAUUAUCACUACUACUGAUUGGGAUCUCUCAAUAGUAGUACCCGAUCAACAACGAUCAUGGAUUGGUAAAGCUCAUUUUGCUGGGAAAACAUUAUCAGCAAGUUAUAUUUACACCAAAGUGUCUACAUUAGAACCAAAUGAUAAAAUAAAUACAUUUGAAGGUCCUUUCUCUAGACCUGAACCCAAAUUUCAUAAUGAUAAUGAAUAUCAAGAAUGGUGUUUAAUAAAUAGUACUCCGGCAGCAUGUGCUGAUAUUGGUAUUCAUCAUUUAUAUGCCCAUUCUAAAAAUAAACCGGUUGAUUUGGUUAUUAGUGGACCCAAUUUUGGUAAGAAUUCAAGCAAUUUAUAUAUAUUAGCUAGUGGAACCGUAGGUGCGGCCAUGGAAGCAGUUACUCAUGGAGUUAAAUCAAUUGCUUUAAGUUAUGCUUUUAAUAAUUUAGAUCAUGAUUAUUAUAUUUUAAAAGAAGCGGCGAAAAUUUCGGUUAAAUUGAUUAAAAAAUUAUAUCAACAAUUACAAAGCUCAUCAAAUAUUGAUUUAUUUUCUAUUAAUAUUCCAUUAGUUGAUUCUUUAAAUUUGGAAUCUACUAAAAUUUAUUAUGCUCCUAUUUUACAAAAUCAUUGGGAAUCAAUUUAUACUCCAUUAUUGGAAACUAAUGAAAAAGGACAAUUACAGUUUUCAUGGACUCCAGAUUUUAAAAAAGUGUAUAAAGAUGGAUUAGCUGAUAAGAACCAUACAGAUAGUCGAGUUUUAUUGGAAGAAGGAAUCAGUGUUACUCCUUUACAAGCGGCGUUUCGAGUUGUUGAUCCAUUAAAAGGUGAAAUAAAAUUGACCGAGGAAGAAGAAAACCAGGAGGAAGAACAGAAAAUCAAUGACAAUACUCUUUUAAUUACAAUACCAAAAGAAUCAUACAUUUACAAUCCUAUAGUGGAGCCAUUCAAAAAAUUAGGAUAUAAAAUCACUUCUGAUAAAAGUGUUAUUGGUUCGGGUAUACCAAUUUUCCAUUAUGGUGAGUACGAAGAUAUUGAAUUGGAUUUUGUUGGUGAUAGUCACUAUUUCAUUCCAUCGUAUAUUUAUCGUAAAGCACUUAUUCGUAAACAUUAUCUUGCCAAUACAGUUCAUCAUUAUGUUACCAAGAAUCCUCAAUCAAUUUUGAAAGUUGCUGUACCGGAAAGUUAUCAAUUAGAAGUUGAUUAUGCUGAAUUUUUGGAUGAUGCAUUGGAUGAUUCUUAUGAAUUGAGAGAUGAAGUGAACCAAGGGGAGAAAUUAUGGAUUUUAAAACCCAGUAUGAGUGAUAAAGGUCAAGGUAUCAGAAUUUUCAAAACCCUUGAUCAAUUGCAGGAAAUUUUCAAUUCAUUUGAAGAAAAUGAUGAAGAAGAUGAAAAAGAAGAAGAAGAUAACGGUAUUAUUUUGUCUCAACUUCGUCAUUUUAUUGUCCAAGAAUAUAAAAGUGAUCCCUUGUUGCUUUCUGGUUAUGACAAGAAAAAAUUCCAUUUACGUACUUAUGUUGUCUGUGUUGGUGAUUUGAAAGUCUUUGUUUACAAGAAUAUUUUGACCUUGUUUGCUGGUGAACCAUUUCAGUUACCUGUUGACGUGGAUGAAGAGGAAAUAUCGUUAGCAGGUCAUUUAACCAAUACUUGUUUGCAAGAAAAUGAGAAUCCGUUGGUAGUACCAUUUUGGAAAUUGCAAGGUUUUGAUGAGAGUGAUAAAAACAUUGUGUUUGAUCAAAUUUGUGAUAUUACACGAGAAUUAUUUAAAGCAGCUACAAGUGUGGAUAAGAUGAAUUUUCAACCAAUUAACAAUGCCAUAGAAAUAUUUGGAAUAGAUUUCUUAGUGAAUAGUGAUUUUUCAGUCAACUUAUUAGAAGUUAAUUCAUACCCUGAUUUUAAACAAACAGGAGAUGAUUUGAAGGAGAUUAUUUAUGAAUUAUUUGAAAGAGUGGCCACUGAAUUAAUUGAUCCAAUAAUAAAUGGAAAUGUUGUACCUGUGAAAGAUGGAGAGAGUAACUUGAUAGAAGUUUUAUAG